CACACUCGCUUGAACGGAUCGGUAAAUACCAACCCAAAAUGGUAAAUACCAUUUUGAUUUGGUUAUCCGCUUGAAUUUGAUUUGUGUCUAUGAACAGUCUAGUUUUUCCAUUGUCGCUGGAUGAUUCCAUAAACCAUAAGCGGCAACGCUGCCAAGGGAGGAAAUGUCAGUGUCAAAAAUUUCAUGACGUGUGCGGCCCACAAAAUGAUAACAGUAAUUUGUUUAUAUAGUAUUUUCCUCCAAAUUUAAAUAGUUUAAAUUUGAAGAAACCAGAAUCAAAUUCAGCUGUGCUGGAUUUGUGUAACUGUCAAGCAGAAUAUGACAGGGCAGUCAAAAAUUGUAGCGAUAUUUGCUUAAGGAACUUCAUGAUGGAAAUUGGCAAAGGAAUAUCGUGUGCCCAGUUCAAAUUUUACAAUAACUUUGAUUCUGCUAACCUUGCCAAAGUGGAGUAUAUCCCUCAGGAUGAUAGCGCUCCCGCCAGAAACAGUAAGUCAGCGAUCCAUGACACCUGUGAUGCUGAAUUCAAUGUGUGGACGAAACCAGACUGUGCUGGUACCCCAUUUGAAAACGGAAACCGUACGUGGUUCUAUUUCGGCUUGCAAGCACCAAAAUCAUGUAUGUGCGUAUGUCUCAAUCUGGUCGAUCUCAACAAGCAGGCCAAAAUGUAUAGUCAAGGUAUGGCUCCCGUGUAUAGAGUGUUACCUGGUAGGCCACGAUGGGAUCGCAUCCAAGACAAACCUGUAUAUAGUGUAAGUAUAUGA